ACCAUAUACCUUUCCUAUCUGAAAUUAAUUCAUAUGUUAACAUUAUGGCGUUAUAGCAGAUGGUUAUAUCGCUACAGGAGAUGGUUAUGGCGAUAUAGAAAAUGGUUAUGGCGUCACAGAAGAUGGUUAUUCAACUUGCCAAGUUAUAGAGAUAUUAUGUUAUCUGUAUUACUUUGGAUAGCCUGUCUGCUACUUAUCACAGUACUUUGGUUCAUAUUCUUAUAUGACAUAAGCAUUGUAUUUGUGGACUUUAUGUAUGGUACACUAUCAAACCAUUUAGACAGUAUUUUGUACCUGGCUAUUUAUAUGUAUGGUGAUUAAUUGAAUUAAAAGAAGCAUACGCAUAAUGUCGAAACUAGGCUACCUCCGAAUGUUAGGUUAUGUGACCACACUAACUAUGCACAUAGGCAAUUUAGUGUACGUAGGAAUGAAUCUGACAGAAGACGUUCUAGAAGACAAAAGAGUAAGAACUUUUGGUGAGACGAGAAGAAGAUAUUUCACCUGCUGGACUUUCUUCCUUCACAUUAUAUACGCCAUAGUUGGCUUAAGCUGCGAAAUCCUGGUAAUAAAGAACAGCAAUGUAAAGAACUACAGACUUCCCAGACACUUGAAAGGAUGUAGAGACACCAUGUUUGCUGCUCUACUAUGGCCGGCUUCUCUGCUCGUGUUCACAGUAUUCUGGUCUCUAUUCCUCUACGACCGAAGCCUCAUUUUCCCUGACUUCAUCGACAAGGUGCUCACACCCGUCUCCAACCACAUCAUGCAUACGGCGAUAGUCCCAACAGUACUGUGGGAGAUAUUGCUCCAGCCGAGAUUCGAACCUAGGUCCCAUGUGAAGAAUAUUGCGCAUCUGGUUGUUUAUAUGUUGGUGUAUUUGGGAGUCUUCAUCUAUACGUACAUCGAGCGAGGUAUAUGGUUAUACCCCAUAUUCAAGAAGUUAUACGGAACGAUAUAUUUCCCUCUGACCAUGUUGAUAAUUUUCGUCCUUUUACUAGUAUUCUAUCGUAUUCAGUGGACGAUUUCCUAUUUAAUCUAUGGUAAGGAGAAAACGAAAAAAGAAAAGGCGAAAAAAAUACGAUAAUAGGUAAAAAUAAACGUAAUUUAAUCGUUACUACACCUUAUAAAACAAAGUCCCCCGCCGCGUCUGUCUGUCUGUAUGUUCGCAAUAAACUCAAAAACGACUGAACGGAUUUUCAUGUGGUUUUUACCUAUCGAUAGGAAGGUGAAAACCGCAUGAAAAUCUGUUCAGUAGUUUUUGUGCGAAGCCGGGGCGGGUCGCUGGUUACAAAUAAUAAAAAUAUCUUGAUCUUAAAUUUGUUUCGCUUUUUUAUAAUUAUUUUAAUUAAGAGAAGAUUUUUUAAUUUCUAAGCUUUAAUCAGGAGGGUACCUAUGUAUGGGAAGUUGAAUGCAUUUCAUAAAUGGUUUGUACUAAA